UCGCUGCUAACAACCGUCAAGUCAUAUAAAUAGAUGAAAGUGAAGUAUAACGAAUUAUUCUGCCGAGAGAACUGCGCCUGAAAGAAAUAGUGUUAAUCGCAUUUGGUUCUUAUAUUAUUAAGUAAAAUACAUCAAAUAAAAUGUCGGCUAUAAAAGUGUUGUGCUUAAGUUUAAUGGUCUCUGUUGUUUGUGCCGAUGACAACUCAAAGAAUCAUGUUUCUACAAUUUAUCAAAAAUGUCAGACAGAAGUGAAGUUAUCAAACGAGGAAAUGAAAAGUUUUCGAUCCAUGGGUAUACCAAAGUCACAAAGUGAAAAAUGCAUGAUGGGUUGUCUGAUGAAAGAAGUGAAGGUGAUCAACAACGGAAAAUUUUCGGUGGAAGGCGCGUCCAAAGUAGCUGAGAAAUACUACGGGUCCAAUCAACCAUUGAUGCAGAAAGCCAAAGGCAUCAUCGAGGCUUGCGCUAAAAAAUCCGAGUCUGCAUCCGAUGAGUGUUCCGUGGCCGGAAUAGUGACUACAUGUAUAGUGGAAGAAGCUUCUAAAGCUGGUUUGAGCGGUGGACCAGGAAAUCGUUCCACAAGAAGUAUUUUACCGAAUAAUCAGAAAUAACUCAAACGUCAACAAUACAUUAUGUAAUUUAAAGGAAAUAACAUAAUAUUUUUUUCUUACAUAAUGUUUGUACAAAUAAAUAAGUAUUAUUCCUUGUAGGUACUUUUAUAUUAUAUUUAAUAAACUGUGCAUAUGCA